AAGACUUUUAAGAAACUCAUUUCCUUUCUCUCUCCCAUAAGUGAAGAGAGAAAAAACCCUUAAACCCUCGAAAGUCGGCAAUGGCGAUGAGAGCAGCAGUAAUGGCGGCGGUGGCUCCUCGGGGGUUUAAUCGUCUUUUCGCAACUUCAGCUUUUAAUUUCACACCGCCGCCCUCCCAAUCCUCUGCUCCUCCUCCCGCAGAACCCAACCCUAAUCUAUUCGUUUCCGGUCUUAGCAAACGUACUACUACAGAAGGAUUACAGGAAGCCUUUUCAAAGUUCGGUGAAGUGGUUCAUGCCAGAGUGGUGACUGAUCGUGUCUCAGGGUAUUCAAAAGGAUUUGGUUUUGUUAAGUAUGCUACAAUAGAAGACGCUACUGCAGGAAUAAAGGGCAUGGAUGGUCAGUUCUUGGAUGGUUGGGUAAUUUUCGCCGAGUAUGCAAGACCACGACCUGCAACUCCCACACAACAGCAGUUUGGAAACCCUGUGUUUGGCUCAAAUGGUUACCAAUAAUAUAAUUAAUUUGUCAUGUCGAUGGCGUUUAUGUUCCAGUCCAGUUAUUGAUCUAUUUAUUGUUCCCAUUAAGGGAUCUGUAUUUGUUUGUACUUUGUUCAAGUAAGAAAUCUAGCUAUCCGCAGUGUGGAUCACUGUCCCUUGAAUAUGGACUCCGCACUUUGUUGAAGUCGAUGUAAUCUAAAAGUGAUUGUGAAACAUAUAAUAGUAAAGAAGGAUGGACGCCAAAAUGAUGGUUAAGUUUUGACCCCUUUGAUAAAA